GUGGCAGAUCUCUGAACAGGAGACAGAAUUCACCACUUGUUCACUUGUUGCAGAUCUGCUCAUAGUCCUGGCAUCAUGCCCUCUUGUCCGCGGAGAUACAUUGUCAUUUUUGUCAUUUUCAUUAUCCUGGGGUUCUUCUUUCAAGAGGAAAAAAAGAAUGUUGAGCACAGUAUAUCCGAGCGAAAGAAGAUCAUAGUUCAGCAAAUGGUUCAGCAACAACUCAGCUCAGAAAUCAAGAACCAUCUGGAAAGCUUCAAGGAGAUGCAGAAAACCUCCCCUCUGCUCCAGCACACCAAGUACAAACUCCUGGCUGGAGACCCUCCCCAUGGAAAGAGACUGCUGACUCUGGGCAUUUCCUCAAUGCAGCAUCCUCACGGGAGCCACCUGCUGGACACACUGCACUCCCUGUUCAGAGCUACGUCCGAGGCUGAGCUGGAGUGCAUCGUGGUGCUGGUCCACCUGUCAGAUGCUGACCCUGAAUGGCUACUCAAAACAGCUGACAGUAUUUUAAAGCUCUUCGCCUCACAUAUAAGGUCCAGGAGCCUGCUUGUGGUCACUGGUCUUCUCGGGAACUCCUCUCUCUCAGGACCCGUGAAGCUCAAUUACUCCUCAACAUGUGCAGAGCUCUAUUCCAGGCAGAGAGAAGGGCACGCCCUCCUCAUGAACUUCGCCAGUCAGCUCUCCAUGUACUUCCUGCUGCUGGAUGACAACACUCAAUUUGCCCCCAACUUUGUUUCUGCCAUCUAUGGAACACUGUUGGCCUGGAAAGAAGAACGCUGGGUGGUCCUGGAGUUCUCCAGCCUUAACUCUGGGAAGGUUCUGCAUGCCAGCGACCUAUCCCGCUUCACGUCCUUUUCCCUCCUCUUUCCUGAAGAUGCUCCUACUCACUUGCUUCUCUCUAAAUUCCAUCAUUUCUUGGGUCAAACUGUUCCAAUUCGUUUCAGCAUCUCCCUCUUCCACCACAUGGGCAAUAAGUCUGAACUUGAUGACACAUGCUUUCCUUUGGAGCAAGACAAGGUCUUUGGUGAGGCAGACAAUCCCGUAGCUACUGUUCACACUAGCAUGUACUCCCUGUGGAAUGUCAUCCCCCAAUAUGCCUAUAUUCUGAAUGAGGAGUAUUACUCCACUUUGGAUCCUGUGGAAGGCAAUCACUUCACCGUGGUUCUGAACAAGCCACACAGAGUCACCCGCAUUGCGGUGCUAACAGGCUCUGCCGAUCAAGGACUAUACCGACUAAACAAAGGGCAUGUUCUGCUUGGCUCUGAGCCCUUAGGGGAUUCCAGAGGCUGUGCUCGCUACACCCUGCUAGGGCCACUAGUGGAAGGGAAACUGGAUCAAAGGGUAUUUUAUGAAGAAGGUUCGGGGCGAGAGCUGAACUGUAUACAACUUCUGGUGUUGGAAUCUCAAGAAUCUUGGCUCCUGAUUAAGCAGAUCAAAGUCUGGGUAGAGCCUGAGGAAGAGGAGAUUUAG